CCCUUGAAGAGCACGGAAGACGCGGCUCCACUCCCAUCCUCAGCCGAGACGAACAUGCGUUGCCCUGACCCGGCGGCGCAUCACUCAAAGAACACUGACAGCACACUGCAGAACCAGGCCUCGGCCGCCGCUCUGUAUUCGCACAACCCGCCCAGCCCCGUCAAGGCAAACGAGUCCCGCACCGCCAACCCCCUCGGAUCGGACGGCAAGCUCUCUUCGGCGAGCGCUGCUGCCAGCCUCAAGUACGCCAAAGCCCAGGAUCUCCCCAGCUACCCCGUGGUCGGAAUCGACACCAAGUCGUCUGCGGGAGCAGCGGCCAUGCUGGCUAACCAGAACAAAAAGAGCCCAGAGUGGUGGAAACCCGAGCAUUCUUCAGCGGCCGGCAAGGCUGCCUUGCUCGCAAACGGCUACAAGAUGGCGCCCAUGUGGCAGCCCGAAGCUAGCACAGCAGGCUCAAAGGCUGCUCUACUUGCUCACAGAGACGGCACAAAGCUAGACCUGUGGAAGCCCGAGGCCAGCACAGAUGGCCAUUCUGCAGCUGUACUUGCUAUGAAAAAGAUGGGGCGUGGUCCCGAGGCCAACCACGCACACACCGACCAGGGCAGGAAGAACGCUUUCACUGCAGCUAUUGAUGCACAUGCUGCCUCACAACGACAACGUGCUCGAUCCAACCCGCCACCUGCGCCGCUGUACCCUGACUCGGAGAACUCAGCCAAGAAUGCGUUGGGUGCAGCAACACUGGCUCACCGUGCCUCGACACGUGCCAGACCUCAAGCCAGUACCGCUAGCACCACUGAUUCGAACCGUCUCGAACAUGGCGCCAUGGAAGCAGCACGGAUCCAGCAUGCCAAGAGUAUAUCACGAGACAUGUACGGUAGUGCUCCGCCUGUUGCACUGGAAACCGAGGAAAAGAAGCGCAAUGCUGCCCUCCGAGCUUCCGCCAUCUCCAUGGCGAAGAAGAUUUAUGACGUGCAGGAGCAGCAGCGUAUGGAAGGCGCAUCUGGACCAUCCGCUGCCCGUACGGGAGCGACUGCAGCGCAGAGCCAACAGUUGACAGCUGGUGAUGGCGAUAUUAAACAACAGGCAAUGCGCUAUAUUGGUAUUCAGGAAGCUGCUCAGAAACUAGCGCAAGAGAGAUUGGCAAAGAUAGGAUACGACGAGAACGCAGCCUACCGGAGUUACUAUGGCUACGAUCGACCGGCACGCUCCAAACUUUCUCUGCGCCGUGGACGCAACCGGGCACACAGUGAAUCCGAGGCUGCUCCUCCAGUGGAUUCAGACUCUGACGAAGACGACUUCCGUUCGAGGCGCAUCCGAUCUGAGAUGGAACAGCUGAAUAAACAACUAGCUGAUGUUGAUGCAAAGAAACGCGAGAAUGAUCGCAAAUUAUUGCUGGCUGCUGCACAGCGCAAGGUGCAGGCACAAAUGCAAGGCUUGGACAAGAAGAUAUAUGACGAGACUGGCAAGAUGUCUUCAACAAUGGUGGACGAAUGGGAUGAAAAGGCGCGACAGCGUGCCGUUGCCAAUUCAGAGGCUCGAAUGGAGAACCACGGCAGAAUACACAUUGGCAACGGCAAAUGGAUGGAUCAAGGUGACAUUGAUGCCAUAGCCCAAGCAAGGAUUCAGCCUACUCUGGACGAGAUCACCGAGAAGACUGAAAAGCGCCUGGCAGAAGACGAAAAACGACGUGCUGAAGAGGAGGAACGAAGAUUGGAUAUGGAGCAGGAGAAGCGUCGCCUUAGGGUAGAGAAAGAACGCGCCAACGAGAUCAAGGCCGAAGAGAAACAGGGCCGGGAUGAAGAAAAGAGGGCUGCGAAAGCACGCGCUGCCGAAGAAAAACUAGCAGCAAAGCAGGAGAAAGAAGCAGAAAAGACAAGAAAAGCAGAAGAAAAACGGAUGGCCAAAGGGGAGCACCGCAAGUCAAAAGACGUAGCGGCAGCUGAAAAUGUUGCGGCUUCACGCGACAACGACGAAUUAUACCAGGAACCAACCUCUGAACAUGAUGCUCCCGAUGCAACCUCACCUAUUUCACCAGGCUCUUCAAAGGGUUUCAAGUCGCUAUUGAACAAGCUAAAGCGCCGAUCCAAGCAUUCACCUACGCAUGAAGUUGAUGGCGAAGAUGCCAAGGAGAAGGACAGUGGUUUUGUUGGUGGUGCAAGUCUUCGAGAUUCCACCUCGCUGCCCCAAACUCAGUCUCAUUCUUCUAAGAGUGCCAUCCAGCCUAACAGAGAGUCAAUAGAUAGUCACGUCUCUUUUCAGGCAGAAGACCCGACGAGCUCAAGUCACGCAGAACCCGCCUACGUCCCCCAUGUCGGCUAUGUCGAUAGGGACCGCUUCUCAGACAUUUCCUCCUUAUCCAGUGUUGGAGAAGAGCUUAGUAUGGCCAGAGGUAGAAGAACUGACAGAGUGGUCAGCGGAGGGACCGCGACAUCUGGCGGCGAGAGCUUUGAAGAAGCGCGGGACCAUUUCGACGAAGAUUUAGUCCCACCACCCGCAUUUCCUUCUGACGCUGACAGGGCAAGAAAGGGAAGUCCUACAAGAGAGUCCAAGUUUCAAGAAGUAGGGAUAUGAGAUCGCAAGCUUCUGAAGCCAGGUCUAGAGAGCGAGUCUCUGCACUCUAUCUAUUCCGAGGUGAUUCGCGAAUGAUCGGUCGCAGCUCUGAUCGGAAUUACUGUAAACGUAUUUCAUGUAAUGAU